AUGGAUGCCACCGAGCUCUCUUUUGCGAUCUUGAUUCUGUUGCAGAUCAGUAUCGGACUCUCAGCCAAUGUCUUCCUCCUCCAGUUUUAUGCCCGUAUGGUGUCUGCCAGCCACAGGCCCAGCUCCUCUGAUUUGAUUCUCGCCCACCUAGCCUUGGCCAACGCCAUCAUCCUUCUCACCAGUGGAAUCCCAGAGACCAUGUCGGUUUGGGGACUGAAAAAUUUCCUGGAUGCCGUUGGAUGCAAAAUCCUCAUCUACCUGUAUCGAGUGGCUCGGGGUCUCGCCAUCUGCACCACCUGCCUUCUGAGCAUCUUCCAGGCCGUCACCAUCGGCCCCGGCACCUCUCGGUGGGCGAGAAUCAAGGCCAAAUUACCCAAGUUGAUUGUCCCCUUCCGUCUCCUCUCCUGGGUCCUCAACAUGCUAAUAGAUGUGAACGUGCUGAUAUACAUCACUGGCCCCCAGAACAGCAGCAGUGUUCGAAUAAUACUGGAUCUCAAAUAUUGCUCUACAGUCAGCGUCAGUGCAGGAAUUGCCUUGGCUGUUGCUACUGCGAUUUCUCUCCGGGAUGUAUUAUUUGUGGUGCUCAUGAGCGUGGCCAGCACCUACAUGGUGUUUGUCCUGCACAGACACCACCGGCAGGUCCGCCACCUCCACGGAACCGGUCACUCCCCAAAGGCGAUGCCCGAGGUCAGGGCGGCCAAAAGAGUUAUCGCCCUGGUCACCCUCUAUGUCCUCCUCUACGGCAGACAGAGCAUCAUGUUCAGCAUUUUACUAAACAUGAAGGAGAAAUCUCCCCUGCUGGUGAACAGCCACAUGGUGCUGUCGUUCACCUUCUCGGCCGUCAGUCCCUUCCUGAUGAUCCACGGCGACAGGAGGAUGAGAACGUUCCGGAAAACAGAAUCUCCUGUGUCCAAUACAGAUCGCACAAAGGGUCUGGGGGAGACCCCUGCCUUCUCGCCCGGUCCUGCUUGA